CCCACUCCCACCCUAGACAGCCUUCGACAACCACCGCCCCCCCUUCACAACUCCUGGAACAAGAAUCAGGCUCUGCAUACACCAUCAAGCAGCCCGCAGCCUCUCUCAGAUCCCACCUGGUCCCCAUGCUGCGUGUGUCCCUUCUUCCAUUCCUUCUUUCAGGGGGCGGCGCUGACCCCUAAAAAAUGCUGCAGCCCCCCUGAAAAAUGCCACCCUAGGCAAAUGCCUUGUUUGCCUUGUGGUAAAUACACCCCUAGG